CAAGAUAUUUGGGAUAAAUUUCGAUUGAGAAUUGUGAGGUGGUUGUUCUUUGAAGAUCCAACAACUAUCAUCUUAUUUAUCUUCCCUCCUCGCAUUUUUUUUCGUUUGUUUAGUUGGAUUUUUGUCCUGAAUUCUUUUGUUUGUCACUUUGCUUUCUCUUUCUUUCUUUCUUUCGUUCCUUUUUUUUCCUUUUUCUUCACGUAUUCUGCUCUUCUUCUCUCUGUAGUCUGUCCUCUAUUUUCGUUCUCUAGCCUGAGGGAGACCCAGAGGCCAGAGGACGUCAUUCUUGUGAAAACUCCUUCUGGGUCUUCAAUGGCGAGCUGGGUUUUAUUAGAAUGUGGGUUAAAGCCUCUGCCUCAUAUCUUCCUCAAACCCAGAACUGGAUUAACCUCCCAUAAGCUUAGAGCUCUGCACCCAAACAAGACUAUGACAGAUCUAAAUCUGUCUCCAAUCAGAUUAUCAUGUUCCCAUUUUAGAAAGCGAGACUGGGGGCUGAACGUGAGUGUUCCGUUGAGGGUUCCAACUAUUGAUGGAGAGGAAAAGGAGGGGCGAAAUGAGAAAAUAAAUGGCGCAAGUGAAAUUGGAGAAGAACAAGGGGGAGGAGCCGAGUUCGAUCCUGGUGCGCCACCUCCAUUCAACCUAGCUGAUAUUCGAGCCGCCAUUCCAAAACAUUGUUGGGUAAAGGAUCCAUGGAGGUCUAUGAGCUAUGUAGUGAGAGAUGUUGCUGUGGUUUUUGGCUUAGCUGCAGCUGCAGCUUAUCUUAAUAACUGGGUAGUUUGGCCUCUUUAUUGGGUUGCUCAGGGAACAAUGUUCUGGGCUCUGUUUGUUCUUGGCCAUGACUGUGGUCAUGGAAGCUUUUCAAACAAUCCUAAGCUAAACAGUGUAGUGGGGCAUUUCCUGCAUUCUUCAAUUCUUGUGCCUUAUCAUGGAUGGAGAAUUAGCCAUAGGACUCAUCACCAAAACCAUGGACAUGUUGAGAAUGAUGAAUCAUGGCAUCCGGUCAGUUGUUUUUCUCUCUUAAAUAUGUCACUAGGACUCUGCGUUUCACAUUGCCAUUUUCCCAUGCUUGCUUAUCCUUUCUAUCUGUGGGGUAGAAGUCCUGGAAAAUCUGGUUCUCACUUUGACCCUAACAGCAACUUGUUUGUCCCGAGUGAGAAGAAUGAUAUAAUAACCUCCACUGCUUGUUGGACUGCAAUGGCUGCUUUGCUUGUUGGGUUAUCUUUUGUGAUUGGUCCACUUCAAUUGCUUAAACUCUAUGGAAUUCCAUAUUGGAUUUUUGUUAUGUGGCUGGACUUUGUGACAUACUUGCAUCAUCAUGGUCAUGAAGAGAAACUUCCUUGGUAUCGUGGAAAGGUAUGGAGUUACCUAAGGGGAGGACUUACGACGCUUGAUCGUGAUUACGGAUGGAUCAACAACAUCCACCACGAUAUUGGAACCCACGUCAUACACCAUCUCUUUCCUCAAAUUCCACAUUACCACUUAAUAGAGGCUACCGAGGCUGCCAAGCCAGUACUUGGGAAGUAUUAUCGGGAGCCUGAGAAAUCAGGGCCAUUACCAUUUCACCUGAUCGGAAGUUUAAUUAGAAGCCUGAGGAUCGAUCAUUAUGUUAGUGACACUGGGGAUGUUGUUUAUUACCAGACUGAUCCUCAGCUCAGUGGCUGUGCUAAAUCAGACUAAGUAUGAGCUUUGAUACUUCCAAGGCUACUGCAGCUAUCAAUGUUUCUGCAUUAACUUGCUUAACCUUUGUUCCAAUGGCAGACUGCAGCCAUGAUUUAAAAGGCUUGACCUUCCCAUUUUGAAGGGCGAUUAGAUUGAUCCCUUGAAAGGGUAAUGCAACUAUCUUGUGAACAAAGCAAGAUUAUAAUUUAUGUGUAGGCUGUAAGAUGUAUAUUUAUUCUUCCUCUGGAAGUAUUCUUUUUUCAAAACAGAAGAAAAUUGAUCACAAGAUAUCAAUAAAAUAACGAUUUCCCUUGUCUCA